AAGAAUAAAUUACUGAAGAUUUCUGGUGAAUCGAUUUCAGGUGAUGAGCUUCUCUCUGACUCUUUCCCUUACACGGAGAUUGAGAAUGGAAUCCUUUGGGAAGUACAAGGAAAGUGGACUACCUUGGGAUCUGUGGAUGUUAACAUUGGUGCCAAUCCAUCUGCUGAAGGCGAUGGUGAGGACGAGGGUGUUGAUGACCAAUCUGUUAAGGUUGUUGACAUUGUUGACACCUUCAGACUUCAGGAGCAACCACCUUUCGACAAGAAGCUCUUCAUUGCUCACGUGAAGAAGUACAUUAAGAAUCUGACUCCCAAGCUCACCGAAGAGGAGCAAGCAGUCUUCAAGAAGCACGUUGAGGGAGCUAUCAAGUACUUGCUCCCCAAGCUCAGUGACCUCCAAUUCUUUGUCGGAGAGGGGAUGCACGAGGACAGCAGUUUGGUCUUUGCUUACUACAAGGAUGGUGCAACGAACCCAACCUUUUUGUACUUCGCUCAUGGUUUGAAGGAGGUUAAGUGUUGA